CUGAGACAGGUGUUGCUGGGGUUUGCGCAUCGCGCCCGUGAGCUCGUUUGGCAGGAUGGGAGCUGAGGGAACACCUACACAAGCCCUCCAUAGUUUCUCAUGUAUGCUGCAAUUUUGCUUUUCGGAAUACGGAAUCUGAUUAACGCUGGAAACCAACUGAACGUCGCCAUGGUGCACCACUCGGGCUCCAUCCAGUCCUUCAAGCAGCAGAAAGGCAUGCACACGAGCAUCAGCGAGAUCCUGAAGGAGAAGAGCCUGAAGCCGUCUCGCCGCAGCCUGCCCUGCCUGGCUCAGAGUCAGACCCACCCAAUCAACCUCAACCACUUCCUGUCUGUGCCGCUGAGCCCGGAGCCCAAACCGGAGGUCGAGGUCCUGAGUCAGAGCAUCAGCACCUCCUGCAGCCUCCUCCCCCCACAGACAGUAGAGGAUGGUAAGGAUCGCUACGUGGAGGAGUCUGAAGUGAGCACAUGUGAAACAAGGGCAGACGAGUCAUUUCUGCUGCAAAAGCCGGUCACUCGAGUUAAACUAACGGCCCGCACUGAUUCACUGCAGGGAAAGAAUCCAGCUAUUUCUUCCGGACUCUUUUUCCGAGAUGGGAAGAAGCGCAUUGACUACAUCCUGGUUUAUAAGAAGUCCAGUCCGCAGGUGGAGAAGAGGUGCACGUUUGAGAAGAAUUUACGAGCUGAGGGCCUGAUGCUGGAGAAGGAGCCCUCCUUAACAAACAACGACAUCAUGUUUGUGAAGGUCCACGCUCCGUGGGAAACGCUUUGCAAAUACGCAGAGCAGAUGAACAUCCGAAUGCCUUUCAGAAAGAAAUGCUACUUUACAGACUGGAAGAGCAAAACCUUGGGCAGCAGGUUUCAUCUGAGAUGUCGCCAGAUAAAAAGCUGGUUCCCCAAAAAUCCCAUGAAGCUGGACAAAGAGGCCCUGCCUGACCUGGAGGAAACCGACUGCUACACAGCUCCCUUCAGCCGAGCACGCAUGCAUCAUUUCACCAUAAACAACAGGCAGACGUUCUUCUCCAACUCCACCAGAAGCAGAAUAGUCCAUCACGUCCUGCAGCGCACCAAGUACGAAGAUCAAAGAUCAAAGAUGGGCAUCAACCGGUUGUUGGGCAACAGCACAUACGAGGCUGCAUUUCCUCCACACGAGGGCGGUUACAAGAGCAGACACCCCAUUAAGACGCACGGAGCCCAGAACCACAGACAUCUCCUGUAUGAGCGCUGGGCUCGCUGGGGGAUGUGGUACAAAUACCAACCUCUGGACCUCAUCAGGCGGUACUUUGGUGAGAAGAUUGGUCUCUACUUUGCGUGGUUGGGCUGGUACACGGGCAUGUUAAUCCCUGCCGCCCUGGUUGGCGUUUUUGUCUUCCUCUACGGGCUCUUCACCAUGGACUCCAGCCAAGUCAGUAAAGAGAUCUGCGACUCCAACAUUACUAUGUGUCCCAUGUGCGAGGAGUCGUGUGAGCUGUGGACUCUGAAUAACAGUUGUGUCUUCGCGAAGGUGACCCAUCUGUUUGACAACGGAGGCACCGUGUUCUUUGCGAUCUUCAUGGCUAUCUGGGCCACAGUAUUCCUGGAGUUCUGGAAAAGGAGACGGGCUGAGCUGACGUAUGACUGGGACCUCAUCGAUUGGGAAGAAGAAGAGGAGGAGCUGAGGCCUCAGUUCGAAGCCAAGUACUCGAGGGUGGAGAGAGUUAACCCGAUCUCUGGCAAGCCUGAGCCUUUCCAGCCCUUCUCAGACAAACUCAGCCGGCUCAUGGUGUCUGUGUCCGGAAUAUUCUUCAUGAUUUCCCUCGUCCUGACAGCCGUGUUUGCAGUGGUGGUUUUCCGUCUCAUUGCGAUGGAGAAGUUUGCUUCCUUCAACUGGAAUUUCGUGAAGAAGAACUGGCAGUUUGCCACUUCUGGCACUGGCGUCUGCGUCAACUUCAUGAUCAUCAUGUCUCUCAAUGUGGUGUACGAAAAGGUGGCCUGUCUGCUGACUAAUUUAGAGCACCCACGGACAGAGUCUGAGUGGGAGAACAGCUUUGCUCUGAAGAUGUUCCUCUUCCAGUUCGUAAAUCUGAACAGCUCCACGUUUUACAUCGCCUUUUUUCUCGGGAGGUUUGCUGGCAGGCCUGGAAAAUAUAAUAAACUGUUUAAUCGAUGGAGGCUGGAGGAGUGUCACCCAAGCGGCUGUUUGAUUGAUCUGUGCUUGCAAAUGGGAGUCAUCAUGUUCUUCAAGCAAAUCUGGAACAACUUCAUGGAGCUCGGUUAUCCUUUGCUGCAGAACUGGUGGUCUCGUAGGAAGAUGAAGAAAGGAGGUGGAGGAGGAGGUGGAGGAGGAGGGGGAGGAGGAGGGGGAGGGCAGAAUGUAGAGAAUAAAACCCAGCUUCCACAGUGGGACAAAGACUGGAAUCUGCAGCCGAUGAACACCCAUGGACUGGUGGAUGAAUACCUUGAAAUGGUCCUCCAGUUUGGCUUCACCACCAUCUUUGUAGCGGCGUUCCCGCUGGCACCGCUCCUAGCUCUGCUCAACAACAUCAUUGAGAUUCGCCUCGACGCCUACAAGUUUGUCACUCAGUGGAGGAGACCCAUGCCUGCCCGAGCCACCGAUAUAGGUAUCUGGCACGGGAUUCUGGAGGGUAUCGGCGUGCUGGCAGUCAUCACCAACGCCUUCGUCAUCGCCAUAACCUCAGACUACAUCCCCCGCUUUGUGUAUGCCUUCAAAUAUGGCCCGUGUGUGGACAAGGGGCACCACCGAGUGUCGAGCGACGAGUGCUUGCGAGGCUACAUCAACAGCAGCUUGUCUGUGUUCGAGCUGAAGAACAACAGCCAGACCAUCGAGUGCAGGUACAGAGACUACAGAGCGCCGCCCUGGAGCUCGGUGCCAUACGAAUUCACCCUGCAGUUCUGGCACGUCUUGGCUGCCAGGCUGGCAUUCAUCAUCGUCUUCGAGCACCUGGUGUUUGGGAUCAAGUCCUUCAUAGCGUACCUUAUUCCAGACAUGCCAAAGGAUCUCUGCGAUCGCAUGAGGAGGGAGAAGUACCUGAUGCAGGAGAUGAUGUACGAAGCGGAACUGGAGCACCUGCAGAAGGAGAGGAAGAAGAACGGAAGGCGUUAUCACCACGAGUGGCCUUAGCUUUGCCCCCAUGUCUCCUUUACAUGCUGCACAGCCCUCAGCUCACAGGCACAACCUCCCCUGCCUGCUUAUUUAUGUAUUUUAGCUUUGAGAGUGUGGAUUCACUCGGCUGAUUCUGUACACCAAAGACGCCCUCCUAGGAUCCUCCUUCAGACCUGCCUAGCUUCACCUGCAGCUCUUUCUCUGGCCGUUCCCUCGCCAUCUGUUCCACGUCCUGGUUUUCUGGCUCCGGCCUCUCCAGCCCCACCCCGAACCCCUUCACCCGGCUUCAUCCGGCUGAUCGCCCCUUGGGUCUGUGCGUCAUGGCUUCAGCGGGAAAACCUUUGCAAAUGUAAUGUUUACUAUGCAGAUCAAGGGCUGCAGAUCACCACUGUUCACUUUCUCUGCACCCAUCCUGCACUCUCUCUCUGCGUGGCAGCUAGCACUUGGCUUCAACUCUGCAGUUUGGCGCAUGGCCGUGUUUUUCUCCUGUGCGCAUCAGCGGAGCCACUUCCGUGUGACCGCGGCACUCAGCAUUUUCUCGUUGCAAAGUGAUUCCGGUGACGUGGCUACCAAACAAAACUGACACUGUUCUUGCAAAGUAGCUGUAUAUUGCCGCUGAAGCAUGCUGAAUAGUAUCCGCGGACAUUUCAUUAAUCUCAAAGAGAAAAAAAAAAACGACAAAAAACAACAGCUCUCGUUGUGGAGGAUUUUAACAUCCAUUCAGUGCAUCGGACAGAGAAUUCUCUCUGAAAUCAUAUAAUAGUGCAUGGUAAUACUGAUUUGUACCUUUUGAUAGACAGUCUUCGUCUUGAUGCCUGGUUCACGUGUGUCGGUGCUCAGUAUGUUAAUCUCCGUGCUACUGCUGAGCUUGAGUGUCUUGAGUUGAGGAAAUGUGAACUUAGUGCAAUUUUGAUCGUGCCUACAGUGUAACAAUAUGACUGCGCACCACAAAUGUGUCACCAACAUCACGUGUGCCUGUGUUGUGCAGCCCGUGCUUUUUCUAAGUGCAAGAAUUAAUCUCUCUCCUCGUCGUGUUGUCCGAUCUGCCGUAAACUCCCUGAACUCUCCCGUCCAGGGUUUGUUUUGGAUGUGAGUCACACCGCAGUACUACCUACCUACUCGGGUCUCGGCUAGCGUCGACGUUGUACGUUGUAAUGUGACUCCAGCCAUGAACAAUGUAUACACACACACACGCAUGCAGGAUCCACAAAUCUGCUCUUCCGUUCUGCCCUCGCAGUCUGGUUUUCAUUUGCUGCUGGAAGCCCCUGGAGCGUGGUUGAAGCUUGGAUCACUUAGAAAUACCUGUGGCUUGGAUGUUCAGUUUGCAAAGAACAUCCAUCCACUGUUCCUCACUCACAACACAUAAGCUUCUGUUCCAGUCUUUUAUUAAAAUACGCCCUCGGACACGGUUUCAGCUACUCUCUGACUUUCAUCAGUGGGAAAUAGAGGAACUCGGGUUUUCUUAAAAACGGAGUGAUGACAUUGCCUUUUUUUUUGUUGUGGUCAGUUGUGAUGCCACGGAUUAGAGCAGCAGGUUUUUUCGCCCAGUGAACUCAGGAAAAUAGGCGUCCUGACCGAUACGUCGACCCAUCUGUGAGGCUGAAUCGGAAUGAGGAUCAUUUCCUUCUUCAUUCACGCCUCAUUCAGAUGGAGAGUUGUGGAAUGUGUGGAGUGAAGUGUGUUAAUGGGCAGGUUUUGUAUUCGGCGCGUGAGGGGGUGACCCAGACACUUCAGGUCAUAUUGAUCAUGUGAUGGUUAAAAUGCAACCAUGUUAUGCACAGUAGAAAAGAAAGCUACACCAGUCCAACAUCUGAAGGGAAUAUCACUACCCUGAUUGCAUCGCACAACACUAAAACGUAGUGUUCGUUUGAAAGGAAUCUGUCCUUUUUUUUUGUUGUUCUCCCUGCUUUUGUAUAUACAUUUUAUGACGUGUGUAACGUUUUUAUACUUUUAAAUUUUGAGCUGUCAGUGUGAGCUCACCUGUUCUCACCCUCAGACUGGCAAAGCGACGUCCACAUUUCUCAGGUGUCCUCUGAAUGUUUGCAGAUGAUCGAAUUUUUAUCAUAUUUUCUAAGAUGCAAUCAAAAGGUGUCCUGCUUUAUUUAGAUAUAAAUAUUUUUGCACUGCAGUGCUUUUGCAUGACUAUGAUGCACACACGGUAAAAGGCAUGUUUGUUUCGUUUCUUAUUGCUUCAUGGUUGUUUGUAUAUGAGAGCGGAUUAGAAAUAAUGAAAGACGUCGGUCAAAAGUAAAUACGUUCGUGUCAUUUUCAAUACACGUUGUUCCAUUCGUAUAAGAGAGAGAUCUGGCUUUAAAUCUUGUUCUGAUCCUUAGAAAACUAGUCCAGGUUGUCAGAAUAUCUUCCCUGCUAUGUGAACAUUGAAAAUCUAUGCAUGUCGUUAUCCUCGAGUGCUACGUUUCUUUUAAAGAUGCAGAUGUAAAUGUUCUGGUACGUUUGUACUGUAGAGUAUGCAUGACUUUAACACCUGCUUUGAGCAGCGCUAACUUCUGUAAAGUAGUUAAAAGCGUCUUAAACAUAUCACCUCCCCCCUUUUCCCGGCGUUGAUCAUUUCUGGAGGACGGCCCAGGCUUGUUGACGAGACAGGAUUCUAUUCUGCAAGAGUAUUUUCUAAAUAAACAACCCUAAACUGAUUAAUAUAAUCUGUUGUGGGAUUUCAAGGAGAGUCUGAUCAAGUCCUUCUUCUGUUUGGACACUCAGCUGAGAAUUAUUAUUAUUAUGUUUACCCCCAAACAGCUUAAGUGUUUCACCAAAAGGGGAUAGUGUUCAUUUCGUGAACGAAUAAUUACAUGACCUUGGAUGUGCGAUUUGGCCGGCUACUAAUUAUUUCCGGAUGGAUCUUCAUCAGUUCACCUUGAUGCAAAUGCUGCACAGUGGUGGAAAGGCGUUCUUCACGCCUUCCACCGUCGGCAAUAGCACAACAUGGCUGUAUAAUAAGUAAUAAUGGCGUGACCUUGCACAUCUCCAAAAACAGCAGUCUCAAGGGAGAUUAGAUUUUGUGUUCGACACUAAUAGGAUUGUGCUAGAGCAGUGUUGUACUCGAUGUUGAAGAACAGCGACGUUAGCCCCGUAGAUUUAACUGUACAGUAGGACGAUAUCAGUUGUGACAUGAAGUGUAUCAAUGACAUUGUUUACCUCGCUCCUGUUUACAUGUAAAAACAUACUGAGAUGUAUAAAAGUAAUGUAACAUAAAAUUAUUUGGAUAUCACUCUUUUCUGUAAUAAAUCAUGGAUUGUAUCUUUUAAA